AUGGACGCACACCAGCCGAGCCAGGCCAGCGCCAACGCUGAGGCCGUCCUCAAGUCGCCGGCGCUCCGGUUCAACAUCGCCGGGCUGCCCGCGCUCACGGCGUACCUGGACGAGCAGAUGACCGACGCCGCGCUAUACAGCCUGGAGAACAACGUCGGAAUCCUCAAGAUUUACACGCUAUACCCGCACAUCGCGGACCAUAUCGUCAUCCAGAAGGUGCUCGUGCAGUGCCUGACGCGCCUCCCGGCCAACGACUUCGACGUCUGCAUCGCCCAGGUCCCGAUUCCCACGCAGGAGCACCCCGUCAUCGCCGAGGUGAUCUCCCUGCACAACAUGUUGCAGAACUGCCUAUUCUACAAGUUCUGGGAGGCGGCGCUCAAGCCGAUGGACGACAAGGUGGGACUGCCCUUCGUCGACGUCCCGGGCCUGCGCGACGCGGUCAGGCGGUUCAUCCUGGACGUAGUGCCGCUCCUGUAUAUGCAGAUGAGCGUGCCAGAGCUUAGGUCAAUGCUGAACUACGAGAGGAACUGCGAGGAGUUCGAGCAGAUGCUGGCGGCCUGCCGCUGGACGCUCACCAGCGACUACUCGCGCUCGAACCCCGACGCGGGGAUGUGCGUGCCCGCCGCGCGCGACGACAUCGCGAAGAGCCAGAGGUCACACGAGGUCCACACGGAGGUGAACAAGUACUUCAAGGUCGACUCCAUGCGUGUCUACUACUCCACCAUGCGCCAUGCCGCCUGA